UCAAGUUGCAAGGUGUGUUCGUUACCUGAUACUACUUACAGACACAGUAGAAAGUUGCUGCAAAUGUACUGUAUUGGCUGAAAGUGUACAGCGAUUUACUCUGAAAACAUUUUGCGUGGGUUGUGGAUGUGGUGUAACAAUGUCAGCUGUUGGACCACAUUCAUUUCGUACUGGAGGUUUGGCUCGGACCAGAUCUGAAGGGACACUGAUUGAUUUGAUUGAUGAAGGACCCUUCAACAACAAAAUUUUGAAAGGAAGUAAUGUUGAUGGGUCUCUGGCAGAAAAUUAUUUAGACUGGCUUAUUUUAAAGGCCAAUGAUAAGCCUGCCACCCAAAGCUCAAACCCAUUUUGGCAUGGACUGUCAGGCUCAAAUCCAUUCCUGGAUGAUAUUGUCAAUACAUAUGAAAAUGAGAAAACAAUUGCAAAUAAGUCUAUAUUGAAAGAGGAUCCCUUUGCUAUAUUUGGUGAUGACAAGACAGAGUCAAUCAGAUCUUCGUCUGAUGAAAUGGAUGUCAAUCACCUGCUGAAUUUUCAAACAGCCAACUCAAAGUCCGGAAGGUGCAAAAGCACUUCUGAUCUCUUGGAUAUCAGUAAUGUAAAAGAAACCCCUAAACAAAGCAACAUUGCUGCAAGCCAGUUUUUGACUCCAGAUUUUAAGUGGCUUCAGAAUGACAAAGAAGCAUACAAAAUGGCAUGGCUGAGCCACAGGCAGCUCACUAGAUCAUGCCUUGAUUUGGGCGUGAUAAGUCAGAGCCCUGGUUGGGCUCAGACCCAGGCUGCAGAGACACAUGUAGUCUGUAAGGUUGACUGUAUUGGAGGGUCUGUACAGUUACCUGACUCUGAUAUCAGCGCCCAUAUACCUCAAGGCCAUGUUGCACCAGGAGAAACUCAGGAAAUUUCCUUAAAGGCUGUUCUUGACCCACCACAAGGACUAAACAAUGACUAUUUAACAACAGUGAGCCCACUUUUGGAAGUCAGAGUCAGCAACCUCAGCACAAAGGAAUGUAUUUCAUUAGAGAUGAAAAUUGCUGCUGAGAUCAGGAAUGACCCAUUGAGCCAAGUCAUGGCUGACAUUGUCUGUCUGUGUGGUCAAAAAAAAGAAGGACCCUAUGAAAAGAUGAAGAACUGUUACAUUUAUAAAGACACAUUACAAGUGAGGUUGGAAACAUUAAGACCACGUAUGUAUAUUAUUGCAGCAGCAAAAGCAACAUGCCUUCAGCCUCCAGCUUUGUCGGUUUGGGAUUACAUCUCAAAACAAAUUACAAUUGGAGUUUAUGGUCCUAAGCACAUCCACCCAUCUUUUACAGCAGUAUGUGCAGUUUUCAGUCAUAAUCAAACGCCAGAAAAACUUGCUGUCUUAGACAUGAAAAAGGUUCACAGAAAUUUGCCACCAGUUGUGCUGCAGCUUUGGGGGAAGAAUCAGUUCCAUCUUCAAAAACUCCAAGAUCUGCAGAUUGAAGCUUUUCCGCUUGAUUCUAAAUUUGAAAUCAAAGCCACAGAACAAAUUAAACUGAUAAAACUUGUGCAGUUAAAAAUGGGCAGGGUGCUUCGCCCCCAGUUUCCAUUGUCUAUGGCUGGCACAGGCGAACAUGGCUCCUUUAACCUGGCCAUCCAAGUAAAAAAUUUAAACCAUGAAGUUUUGGUCCAGUUCAGUGUAAAAACCCCUGAUGCUGCACCAAAAUCUGCUGACAAAUACCAGCAGAGAUGCCGUCAGAGACGAAAGGAGGUUGGACAAUCUGCUACUAUACCUGAGACAACAGUAUUAAAACGCCCUAAGUUUCAGGACAGGGCAGUUAAGAUAUCACGCUAUGGGGUUGCCUUGAAAUCUGUGCUUAGGCAGCCAAAGAUUGAAUACCUGUUGGAGUAUUUCAAAGGAGAUACAAUUGCACUUCUUGGAUUAGAAAAGGUGAAAGCAAUAGGACUAACCAAAGUGAAAGAGUGGUAUAUUGGGUUUCUGCGAGGGAAGGUUGGUCUGGUGCAUUGCAAAAACAUCAAGGUAAUUUCAAAAGAUCAAGUCAUUGACUUUACUGACGUGAAACUCGGCACCAAAGUUCUCCUUGAUCAAAUCGUACUUCCAUUUAAGAAGCUGACGUAUAUGUACUCUGCAAUUCAGUCUCUGUGUACUGAGCAAAUCCCCAGUUGGAAGGCCUUUGCAGAAGCACUUGGGUAUCCUUGUUUGUCGCUUGAAGACAUUAGCAGAACCCCUGCACAAAGUGAAGCAGACAAAGUGUCUUGCGUUCUAGAAAAGUUGAAAGAAGACUGUCAUUCAGAUAAAAGCAAGAGGAAAUUCCAGCACGAGCUUCUAACUGCACUUUUAAAGAUAGAUUGUCAAGGCCUUGUUGCGCGUCUUACUCAAAACAUGGUCAUCCUCACAAUUGCUGUAGAGCUUGGAAUCCGGUGGAGGGAGCUUGCUGAAAAAGCGGCAAGACUAACGAAAGCUCAGAUUGAUGGUUACGAAGCACCUCACAAGGGAAAGAAUGGAGAAGUUAGCUCUGAGGCAAUGUGGAAACCUGCUUACGACUUUAUAUAUACAUGGAGCUCACCUUAUGGAGAUGGAUACAGGGAUGUGUUACAGGAUCUGCACUUGGCAUUAGACAAAAUGAAAAGCCCUGUCACCAGGCAAUGGAGACAGCUCACAGGAGCGCUUAUUUUAGUGAGCUGCAUGGACAUACUUAGGGCUGCCGCUUUCCCCACAACCAAUGAGGAAUAGAAACAGUAUAAACAAUAUAAACACACCCUUCCCUUAUUGUUGGGUUGCAUGCAGUAGGCUGGGAUUAUUGUUACAAUUGAUACCUGCUUUUUUUGGUAAGCUUUUUGAGAGAAACCAACUUUUAUUUAUUUAUUUGUUUCUCUUUCUAGGUCUUAACUGUAAAUACAAUGAUUUGAUCACAUAUCUUCAAAUGCUAUUUUUGUUUUGAUGUAACUUUUUAUGAUGUUUGCAGAUCUUUUUUGUUACUCCAUAUAGCUGUCUGUCUUGCUUUCAGCUAAUUCAUUGAUGGGUCCACCUGCUCUAUGUGAAAGGACACACCCUCUAGUUUCUAGAAUAACGAGAUCUCAAUGAGUAUAACAUAAUUCAGAACCUCUUACAUGUUAUAAAAAUGAAGAG